AAAAUUGCGGCCAGGACGUAAUUUCUUGCGGGCAUUUGUCAAGGUCGAAAUCGUUUUAUGAAACGCGAGUUCAAGUCAAAGCAAAGGAUAAAGAUCUCUCUCUAGUAUUUAAAACGCGAGUUUUUGGAAAUAUUUACUGCUUUCCCCGCAUAUCCUUGGUAGAGCUGAUUACGCUCUCCGAUUUCUUGUCAAUCCAAAGUCUCCAAAGCGAUCGGUUGUUACAAGUGUAGUGGAGUGGAGGAGUUUGAUAUUGGUGUCGAUUGAUUGAUUAUUGGGAGUCUCAUGGAAGGCGUAGUGGGAGCUCAGUCGCAGCAGCCUCAACAACAAGAAGAAGCAGCACUAGCACCACCCCCGCAGAAGGUUGUAGAGAGGUUGAAUCAGGCGGUGCAGCAACAACUCAACCUCGAUUCCGUCAAGACUCGAGCCAUCAGCCUCUUCAAAGCCAUCUCUCGCAUCCUUGAUGAAAUUGACCUCCUUGCCCGCUCCAAUGCUGUCCCCAAAUGGCAAGAUGUGUUGAACCAAUUUUCUAUGGUGAAUCUUGAGCUUUUUAACAUUGUGGAAGACAUUAAGAAGGUCUCCAAGGCUUUUGUUGUUCAUCCAAAGAAUGUUAAUGCGGAGAAUGCUACAAUUCUGCCUGUUAUGUUGUCAUCAAAGCUAUUGCCCGAGAUGGAAAUGGAUGACAAUGCCAAGAGAGAUCAGUUGUUACAGGGAAUGCAAAAUCUGCCAUUGUCCUCACAAAUUGAUAAGUUAAAGACAAGGAUUGAGAUGAUCGGAGCAGCCUGUGAAAGUGCUGAGAAAGUUAUAGCUGAUACUCGUAAAGCCUAUUUUGGCACUCGACAAGGGCCAACUACCAUUCCAACUUUAGACAAAGUUCAAGCUGCAAAGAUUCAAGAGCAAGAGACUUUACUUCGGAAUGCUGUAAAUCAUGGCGAAGGUUUACGGAUAACUGGAGAGCAGAGGCAGAUCACAUCUGCACUUCCAUUGCAUCUUGUAGAUGUUCUCACUGUGGGUGAUGGUGCACAUACUUUUCCUGAUGCAUCUGGCAUGUAUAUGAAGAAUACUCCUCCAUUAUCAUCAAACACCGUUAACAAUCAGGGUAAUUUGUUACAGGUUUCUGGAGCACAACUCAUUGGAAGGGCAGCAGCUUCUCCUUCUGGAAGUAAUGUAGCCACCCCCUAUGAUAAUACAACAGCAUCUCCACUACCAUAUGCCAACUCACCUAGGUCAGGCACGACCAUGAUGAAUGCACCUUCUCCUCAGCAACAAUCACAACAUCAACAGCAGCAGCAGCAACAACACCAACACCAACAACAACAGCAACAACAGCUGCAGCAGCAGCAGCAAAGGCAGAAAAUGAUGCAAUUACCUCAGCAUCAGCAGCAACUUCUAUCUCAACAGCAGUUUAGGCAGCCUUCACUGCCUGGAAUGGGACAGAACCAGUUGGCACAGUUGCAUGAUUUGCAGGGUCAGACUCAACAGAAGUUUCAGUCGUUACAUGGUCAGCAUCAAAUGCAAUUCUCUCCACCAUUGGGGACCCAGCAAUUUCAGGGUCGGCAGCUGCCUACUGGACCCAUUCAGCAUGCCAUUGGUCAGAGUCAACUCAACCAAGGGAAUCAGUUGAAUCGCCAGUUAAACCAGUUUUCUAGCCCUGCCAAUACUGCAAUGUUUAAUGCUGCUCAGGGUACUCCAAAUACCCAAAUGAUGUCAAACAUGUCAGCUUCAAUGCAAUCACAAUCAAGAAUGCAGUUUGGAUUAUCUGGUGGCAACCGGACUCAUGCUUCCCAAAUUCUCAGUGAUCAGAUGUUCAACAUGGGAGCAGCCAAUCCUGGCACUAUGAUGCCCAUCCAACAACAACAGCAGCAGCAGCAACAUGGUUCACAAGGUGCGUUUGGAAACAUGGCGCAAAAUGUUCAGAAUCUACAACCAAAUAUGGUUGCCCUCCAGAAUGCACAACAGAACUUUCAGCAACAGAGACAGCAAAACCAGCAGUGAUUCAAUGUAUACCCGUUGGUAACGCCAAACUGGUUUCAUGUGCCAAGGGCCUCAAAGUAAACGCAAUGUUACUUUCUGUUAUUCAUAUCAUAACAAGUAACCAUGGAGCUGGUGAUGCUUCUCCAGUGCCUCCUCGAUAACCUCAAUAAUUGGUUAAUGUUUGAUAUCCUAAUCGUCCAAGCAAGCACGUGCCGUCAUUUUACCAAUGCCGGUUUUGUAUUUUUGUCUAAUUAGUUUCUGUUCACUGUAGCUGAUGGUGAAUAAUCUGCCUAUAUAACAUAGUUUCCUCGUUGCUUUCAUUUAUAA